AGAAAAAAUAGAAACAAAAAGAAAAAUAUGACAAGUACAGUGGAGUUGUCUAUGGAUGGAAGGGUUAAAUCAUACCCUCCAAAGCCAUUUUCAAGACAGAUGAAGAUAUUCUUGAAAAUUAAAUUUGGUAAUUGAGAAACGAAAGGACAAUUUGGUAAGAAGACGUCAAGGCAAGCUUCGAUUUUAGUACUAGUUUCCUGUAUCAGUUCCUCUCCACUUGGAUUUCAUUUGGGUUCGCUUUUUGUUCACCUCAUUUUUGCUUUUCCUUUACUAUUCUCUCUCUCUCUCUCUUUCUGUCACUGGUUUCCUCCAUUGCAAACUAAGCUUCCUUUCCAGCUUUCUUCGAGGUCCCUCUUUUCUCCUCAAACACCCAAAGACCCACCAACCAUUUUACCAACCUCUUCCCUUUUCUUUUUUCCUUUUCUCUUUAUAUAUUCAGGCUUACAGCUCUCUCUCUCUCUCUCUCUCUCUUUACAUUUUUGCUUCAAAGAUUAGAUUUUUGUCUGGCCUUUUCUUACCCAUUUCUUUUCAUCAUUAGCUGAAUUCUUUUUUUGUUGGCCCACUCGGAAAGCCACAGCAGCAACAACAACAAAAGGUUUCUACUUGUAAACUACUCAUCCCUUUGGAAUUGCAGCUUUACCCCUUUUUUCAGGCAUUUGGGUUUUGUUCUACAUUGGCUUGUUAUGUUUUGCUCAUUGAGAGAGUCCCUCUUGGAUGCUAAAAUAUAAGGUUUUUUUCUCUGCUUCUGUGAAUGCCCAAGAAAGAAGAUCAAGGUAGGGAUGUCUUAAAAUUUUGGUCCUGUAUACAAGAGAGUAAAUAUAAUUUUGACUGUUAAAAUCCAGAAGAUCAGAGAUGUCGUCUCAGGGUGCCUUAAAUGCUGAAUUAUCAAAGAAGACAUCAUUUUUGGGUCUAAAGCUUUGGGUUUUGAUUGGUAUAUCUGUUGGGGCAUUUAUAGUGUUGAUUCUUGGUAUCUUAUCUGUAUGGGUUACAUUUCGGAGGAGAUCCAGACGAUCUGUAGACAAGUUCUCGCUUUCUCAAAUACCAAAUGUCUCAAAGGAUAUCAAGGUUGACAAGGUCGGAGUUCAGAGCUUCAAUGAUCAUCCGGAAAGUGUAUUCCUUUCUGUUAAUGAUAAAUCGAGUGAUAGGAAUUCGGAGAAAAUGUUAGCUCAUUUGGGGAUGAGCAAAUCGAGUGAUCCUGAUAAUAUCAGUCAAUGCAGCUCGAUUUACCAUCAUGAGAGAGGUUUGAGUUCCCAUUCAGGAGAAGAAGGGAGCUCCGGAACGGUCCGAAAGCCAUCUGCAUUGUCAUAUGGGGGAAUAGUGACAGCCUCUCCCUUAGUUGGUCUGCCAGAAAUUUCACAUCUUGGGUGGGGUCACUGGUUUACCCUUAGGGAUCUUGAUCUUGCCACAGAUCAUUUCUCAGCAGAGAAUGUGAUUGGAGAGGGUGGAUAUGGGGUGGUUUACAGGGGUAGACUGAUUAAUGGAACUGAAGUAGCAGUUAAGAAGCUUCUUAAUAACCUGGGACAGGCAGAAAAAGAAUUUAGGGUUGAAGUGGAGGCCAUUGGUCAUGUUCGGCAUAAGAAUCUUGUGCGGCUUUUGGGUUAUUGCAUAGAAGGAGUUCACAGGAUGCUGGUAUAUGAAUAUGUGAAUAAUGGUAACUUGGAACAAUGGCUACAUGGGGCAAUGCGCCAGCAUGGUACCCUUACUUGGGAGGCUCGCCUGAAGGUUAUUCUUGGUACUGCCAAGGCGCUUGCUUAUUUGCAUGAAGCAAUAGAACCGAAAGUUGUUCACCGGGACAUAAAAUCAAGUAACAUCUUGAUUGAUGAUGAUUUCAAUGCCAAGGUUUCUGAUUUUGGACUGGCCAAGCUCUUGGGCUCGGGAGAGAGUCAUAUCACAACUAGAGUUAUGGGGACUUUUGGCUAUGUGGCACCAGAAUAUGCUAACACUGGCUUGUUAAACGAGAGGAGUGAUAUUUACAGCUUUGGUGUCCUCCUUCUUGAAGCUGUCACUGGAAGAGACCCUGUCGACUAUGGAAGACCAGCUAAUGAGGUCAACCUUGUUGAGUGGCUGAAGAUGAUGGUUGGAACAAGAAGAGCAGAGGAAGUUGUGGAUCCAAAUCUUGAAGUUAGACCCACAACACGUGCUCUUAAACGUGCCCUUUUGGUGUCACUUAGAUGUGUUGAUCCUGAUGCAGAUAAGCGACCCAAAAUGAGUCAGGUUGUACAAAUGCUUGAAGCUGAUGAAUACCCAUUCCGUGAGGACCGGCGGAACAGAAAGAGCCGUACAGCCAGCAUGGAAAUCGAAUCUAUGAAGGAAUCAACUGGUGUGGACAGCAAGGUAGGGGGAAUCACAGAGCAACAUAACUGAGACGACUCAUUGAGUAGGACUGACAAAAGCAUAACCUGGUGAAUAAAUCUUGUCGUAUUUAAAGUUUGAGUAACCCAUUGAUACAUAAACAUCCCAAAGUUUGUUUGUUUUGGAGAAACUUCCCGCAUCUAAGAGAGGAAUCAGCCCGAAGAUAGCCCAUUAGGAUUUUGAAUUACUGGUAGCUGUUUCUUUACUGCUUCCUUGGGCAUAUCACACAUUGGUUAUCACAGGAUGAAAAGCUGCUUUCAGGCAGAUGAAAGGUUAAUAUCUCAAAGAGAAAGAGAGACCUAGAGGUUCUUGUUGUACAGAUCUGUGUCGGGUAUUGGUGGGGUGUCGUUUGUACUACUAUAUGAUUUAUGAUCUUUUCUUCCCUGGGGUUCAAUUACUGUUCUUUUUGAAUGGUAAUGGAGUUAUUUUUGUUUCACUCUUUUCUUCAUUUUUAACUUAUUAUUCUGUACCAGCCAUCAAAGUAUUGAAGAAUGAAUGAUCAUUUUCAUUUCCCUUUUUCCUCUUUAUACGGUAAUGUCUUGCACUUUGUUCACCUUGUUUCUGAUUUCUUAACCUCAAAUUCACAUGUGAUUUUGGUCAAAUUUGUACCUGUGUUUGAUUCAUCAUGAUCCAUUGCCUCCUCAGAGCUUACUGUAAUCAAGCAUUAGUCUUAAUUUACAUGGACUUUAAUUCCUGUUUCUGA